AUGAACAAUAAAAAACAAAAAACGAUUAAACCUCGCAUCAAAACAGAUACUUCUUCAAAAUCGGAGAAUUCACCUUCACAAACGCCUACAUCACCAAAAAGAAAACAAUCAAAAACACCAUCUCCGCAAACAGCAACGACAUUACCUCAAAAAAUACAAAAAGAAGAACAAGAAGAACAACUUAAACAUAAAGAAAAAAAUGAACAAUCACAAGAAGAACAGUUAGAGCAAUCAGUUCAGAAAGAAGAUCAAGAUCAAAAACAACAAUCAGUUCAGGAAGAUCAAGAUCAGAAACAACAAUCGGAUCAUAAAGAAGAUCAAGAUCAGAAACUAGAUCAGGACCAAGUGUUACAACAACCUGUAAAAAGAAGGCCAGGCAGACCACGCAAAUAUGCACCACAAGAUCCUUCAAAACAAAAAAAGGCCAUUAACAAUGAUCCAAAAAGAUUUGAAUACACUCAAGGCGAAGGUUCAACAACAACCAAUGGAAUGAAUAGUAUAAAUCAAUUAAAUUAUGACAAAAUACUUGAUGAGAAAGGAGAGAAAAAGAUCACCAAAGAUGGAAUUUUAUUAGGAGGUAGAAAAUUUAAAGUGCCAGUUUUUCAAUUACCUAGUGAUAAUACAUGGUAUAUGUUAUCAAUGGAUGCAGCAAAGGUUUUGGGUUUUCGUGAUAGUUAUUUAUUUUUCUUAAGAAAUCCAUCAUUACAACGAGUUUUUGCUACCGAAGAAGAAAGAGAAUUCUUGAUCAAAAUAGGAAUCUUACCUGCUGCAUAUCGCAGUAGGAAUAUUACUUUGGUGUCAGCUAGAUCUACAUACAGAUUAUUUGGUUCUAGAGUAAUUCAUAAUGGAAAAAGAAAAAAAGAUGAUUAUUUUGAGUCAAAUUUGAGAUAUGAUGAUGAUUUAAGUGAUAAAGGAAAUGAUUCAGAAACUGAAAAUGCAAACAAUAUCCUAUCAAAAAAAUUUAACAAUAAAAUAACAAAACCACGAAAUCUUGCAAAUGAGGCUUCGUGGAUGUAUCAAUCAGCACUUCAUGCCAGAGAUUAUAAUACUAGAUUGAAAAUUCACCGUAAAGAUAAACCUAAAUUUUAUGAUGCUCAUAUCAAUACUGAACUAGUCCCACAAGCGACACAGCCAACUCGAAUCAAAGUGGAAACAAUUUCAAAACCUGUAUUUUUACCACUAAAUAGUAAUCAUUCUCCAAAAAUUCCUAAAAUUAAAUUUGAACCAACACCUUUUAAUCCUUUAAAAAAUUUAAGCCCAGAGAUUUUAGAAGUAGUGCCACCUGAGAUUUGUAAAAUUAUUGAUGAUAUGAAUAAAAAUAUUAAAGAUGAUUGUAUUGAUGAUUGUAUUGAUGAUGAACAAGAUAAAUAUCCUAUUGCAUUGAUGGAUCAUCAAUUUCAAUCAUCGUAUCCAUUGCACCGAACACGUUUUGGCCAUGAAAUUCCUGAAGCUUUAACAAAAAAUUUUAAUGAGUUAAAUUCAAAUACAAGUUUAUUACAAAAAUCACCAUCUGUGCAAUUUCCAUUAUCUAAAACUAAUUUUACAUUAUCAUCGCCAACAAUAACAGCACCAGAAACACCAGAAACACCAGCUAUAUCAACAAUAGCAGACAUAUCAACAAUAGCAGACACAUCAACAAUAGCAGCCACGUCAGUAUUAGCAUCACAAUCAAUCCCACAACUUCCAGAGAAUGUAUGUGCAAUGUGUUUUUCAACAACUUCACCUGAUAAUACAAUUCCAAUUAAUGAUGCGCCAUGUUCAAAUGAAUACACUACAAAAUGUUCUCACUGUAAUCGUAAUUAUCACCCUUUAUGUUUAGGACUUACUACCACUAGACUAAUUGUUGCAAUGGAAAGUUACCCAUGGCAAUGUAAUGAUUGUAAAACCUGUGUUGUGUGUCGAACAUCAGGUGAUGAAGCUACUUUACUAAUUUGUGAUGAUUGUGAUCGCGGUUGGCAUAUUAAUUGUAGUGAACCAAAAGUUAAUGAAGUUCCCCAAGGUCCAUGGUUAUGCUCAAUUUGCGCACAAUGCAAUUCAUGUGGUGAAAAGGCCAAAUUGUUGGAUAAUGCAGCAAAGGAUUACCUUCAUCUUGAAGCAACGUCAGGCCAACCAAGUUCAAACUAUCCAAUUUAUUUAGCUACAAUAUGUAACAAAUGUAGUUUAAACUUCAAGGCAGACAGGUUUUGUCCAAUGUGUUUGAAAACAUUCUCCGAAGAAGGAGCAAUGGAAGAAAAUGAAGAUGAAGAUCGUGAUAUGGUAUGUUGUGAUGAGUGUGAUCGAUGGAUACAUGUAAGAUGUGAUCUUGAGAUCACUCCAAAUAGAUAUGAGGAAUUGCAAGAAAAUCCUAGCGCAGGAUAUAAGUGUCCACUUUGUGAAGGGAGAAUUAAGGAAUUAAAAUAUGGUGACCAGAAAGAACGUGAUGCAUUGGCCGGUAAUCCUGUAGCAAAACCUGUUGCACAGGUCGCAGGACGUAAAUUGAUUAGGGGUAUUGUGGAAUUUAAAGGUAAAAGAGUUGUGGUACCAGAAAUUUGUGGGUGGGGAAAAUUGGCAAUGUAA